UCCAUCUCUUUUAUUCCUUGUUCUUUGUGAAAUAAAAAUUGUUCGUUUUCUAUCCGACAUAUCGAAUUUUACAAAGUUUAACGCAGAAAUAUAGGAACCAAUGACUUUUGGGAGAAUCGCCAACUUUAAUUGGAAUAAUUGUAUUGAAAGUAAUGGGACUAACAUAAUUCGUAAUAUGACAGAAAAUAGAAAAAGGUCUCGCGAGGACGACUCGUGUGAAUUUAUGCCAUUGUCAAAGAGGAUAAACAAUUUACAUAUCAAUAACAAUUUGAAUACGGUUGUUCCUCAAGCACAGGAUGCUAGUCAUAGUCAAAUUAAUGGAAUAAAUACGGAAAAUGGAAUCUCAUCACCAAGUUCUUCAUCAGGCUCGGAACGAAGACCGAGCUAUGACCCUGGAAUGAACUCCACUCAAAGUAGUUAUUAUUAUGACAAUAAGCUUUUAUUCGAAUUACAUUUAGAGAGAAUACAGAGAUGUGGCCAACAAUUUCCAUAUUAAUUAUAGAUUUAGUGGUAUUGGUACCUGAU